AUGGCUGCGGUUGCCGCAGAGACAAGGUGGUGGCGGCUGCUGCUGGUGCUGAGCAUUGCGGGGCUGGGGGCCGUGGGUACCCCGCAGCCCCCCAACAUAGUGCUCAUGCUCAUGGACGACAUGGGCUGGGGCGACCUGGGGGUGAAUGGAGAACCUUCCAGAGAGACCCCAAAUCUGGACCGGAUGGCUGCGGAAGGGAUGCUGUUCCCCAGCUUCUACUCGGCCAACCCCCUGUGUUCACCGUCCAGGGCAGCUCUGCUUACUGGACGCCUGCCCAUCCGCAAUGGCUUCUAUACCACUAACGGGCACGCCCGGAAUGGGUACACCCCUCAGGACAUCGUGGGGGGCAUCCCGGACUCGGAGCACCUCCUACCCGAACUCCUCAAGGAGGCCGGCUAUGCCACCAAGAUUGUUGGCAAGUGGCACCUGGGCCACCGGCCCCAGUUCCACCCCCUGAAGCAUGGCUUUGACGAGUGGUUUGGGUCCCCCAACUGUCACUUUGGACCUUACGACAACAAGGCCAAGCCCAACAUCCCGGUGUACAGGGACUGGGAGAUGGUCGGCAGAUUCUAUGAAGAAUUCCCAAUUAACCUGAAGACUGGGGAGGCCAACCUCACCCAGAUCUACUUGCAGGAAGCCUUGGACUUCAUCAAGAAGCAGCAUUCCCGGCAGCGCCCUUUCUUCCUCUACUGGGCCAUUGACGCCACGCACGGGCCUGUCUACGCCUCCAAGCCUUUCUUAGGGAGCAGCCGGAGAGGGCGUUACGGGGACGCUGUGCGGGAGAUUGAUGACAGCGUUGGGCAGAUCCUACAGCUGCUCCGGGGCAUUGGCAUCGCGGAGCGCACCUUCGUGUUCUUCACAUCGGAUAAUGGUGCCGCCCUUGUCUCUGCUCCCAAACAAGCUGGCAGUAACGGACCAUUUCUGUGCGGUAAGCAGACCACUUUUGAAGGGGGCGUGAGGGAGCCAGCGAUCGCAUGGUGGCCCGGGCAUGUGCCUACGGGACAGGUGAGCUACCAGCUGGGCAGCCUGAUGGAUCUCUUCACCACCAGCCUGUCCCUCGCAGGCCUGGAGCCGCCCAGUGACAGGAAGAUCGACGGCCUGGACCUGCUUCCCACCCUCCUCCGGGGCCAGCUGAUUGACAGGCCCAUCUUUUAUUACCGUGGCAACGAGCUGAUGGCUGCCACUGUGGGGCAGUACAAGGCCCACUUCUGGACAUGGACCAACGCCUGGGAGGAGUUCAGACAGGGCAUCGAUUUCUGCCCCGGGCAGAAUGUCUCCGGAGUGACAACUCACACCCAGGUAGAGCACACGUCCCUGCCUCUGCUGUUCCACUUGGGAGAAGACCCAGGAGAGCGCUAUCCACUCAGCUUUGCCAGCGCCGAGUACCAGGAUGCCCUCCGCCGGAUAACCCCAGUCAUUCAGCAGCACCGCGAGACUCUGGUGCCCGGCCAGCCGCAACUCAACGUGUGCAACCCAGCUGUCAUGAACUGGGCGCCCCCGGGCUGUGAAAAGCUGAGCAAGUGUCUGACGCCCCCGGAGUCUGUCCCUGGGAAGUGCUCCUGGCCUCAUUAG